AUGGCGGCCCGCGGCGCGGCGGCCGUGCUGGGGCUGCUGCUGCUGCUCCGCGCGGGCCCGGCCCGCGCCCGCGUCCAUCACCUCACCCUCAAAGAUGAUGUGAGGCAGAAAGUGCACCUGAAUACCUUUGGCUUCUUCAAGGAUGGUUUCAUGACAGUCAACGUCAGCAGCCUUUCCCUGAAGCCAGCAUUCGGCUCUGAUGACAUGGACAGUUUAUCAGUGGGGUUCAGUUUGGAUCGAACAAGGAAUGAUGUUUUUUCUACUUACCUGGAUGAAGAAGUGGAUUAUUGUAUCUUGAAGAAGACACCAGAACCAGAUGUCUCUGUUGUAAUCUUACUUCUGGAGAUCCAAACUGAAGUUGUGAAAGUACGGUUCUCUUCAGAAGCUGCUUCUAUGUUACCUAAAAUUUUAUUUGUAUCUGAGGAAAAUGGUACUGCCUUAAAUACCAAGCUGCUAAAAACUUCUGAACCAGGCAGUGAUUCUGGUAAAAAUCCUCCAAAGACCAACGAAAAUACAGAAGGCAGAGGUAAGAAGUCCAAACGAAGUACAACAUCCUCCCAGAGCAUGAUAGAACAAGAACAUCCUGUUCACAAUGACAGAGGAACUUUUUCAUUUCAGUUCUUUUUUAACAUCACCUCGGAUAAACAAGAAGGUCUCUACAGCCUGUAUUUCCAUAAGUGUGUUGGCAAGAAAGGGCCAGCUAAUGAUCAGCUGCUGUUUAGUCUUGAUAUAGAUAUAACGGAAAAGAAUCCUGAAAGCUACCUCUCAGCAGGUGAAAUCCCACUGCCAAAACUUUACAUUUCCAUGGCUAUCUUCUUUUUCCUGUCUGGGACUGUAUGGAUCCACAUCCUUCGUAAACGCAGAAAUGAUGUCUUUAAGAUCCACUGGCUCAUGGCAGCCCUUCCUUUCACCAAAUCAUUGUCCUUAGUCUUCCAUGCGAUCGACUAUCACUACAUCUCUUCUCAGGGAUUCCCCAUUGAGGGCUGGGCUGUUGUUUACUACAUCACUCACCUCCUGAAGGGAGCUCUUCUGUUCAUCACUAUCGCCCUCAUUGGCACAGGCUGGGCUUUCAUUAAACACAUCCUGUCAGAUAAAGACAAAAAAAUUUUCAUGAUUGUCAUCCCACUUCAGGUACUGGCAAAUGUAGCCUACAUUAUCAUAGAGUCAACAGAGGAGGGGACAACUGAGUAUGGGCUGUGGAAAGAAAUCCUUUUCCUGGUGGACUUGCUGUGCUGUGGAGCCAUCCUGUUCCCAGUGGUAUGGUCGAUAAGACAUUUGCAAGAGGCUUCAGCAACAGAUGGGAAAGCUGCCAUUAACCUAGCAAAGCUGAAGCUCUUCAGACAUUACUAUGUCAUGAUUGUGUGUUACAUUUACUUCACACGGAUCAUUGCAAUUCUCAUAAAGAUUGCUGUUCCAUUCCAGUGGAAAUGGCUGUACCAGCUACUGGAUGAAAUGGCCACGCUCGUGUUCUUUGUCCUUACUGGGUACAAGUUCCGUCCAGCAUCAGACAACCCUUACCUACAGCUCUCUCAAGAUGAUGAGGAUGACUUGGAGAUGGAAGCUGUGGUGACGACUUCGGGAGUAAUGGAGGGCAUGAAGAAAGUCAAGAAAGUGGUGAAUGGUUCAGCAGAGCCUCAGGGCGAAUGGGAAAGCACGGCAUGAUGGACUGGACUAAGGCAGCACUUUCAGAGAAACUUUUUUAAUUUAUUAAUAUUACUCUCAGUGGAAAGGGAGCAACUUGCACUCCCCACCACUGAAACUGCAGAGUGGGGUGUGUCUAGGGAGAGCAAAGCAGUGCAGAAAUAUAUCACUAUUCCUUUGAUCAUAAGAAAAUGGGAUCUCCUGGUACCUGCAAGGAGCGUGAAGCUUUCCUAGGGAUUUUGGGUAGCUUUUUUUUCCCUCCCUCUCUGGAUCGGUUCUUUAUUCUGAAUUGUUGCGUUCCUCAGAAUGUGUAAUACUAAUGUGAAGAGGGCUUUUCAGUGUGUAUGUAAAGAAUAUAUUUUAUAUAAUGCUCAUAUACACACACACAUACUUGCUAUGUAACAUGAAUGCUGGGACUUGCAAAGCCUGUCAGAAGGUGGGAAAAGAAGAUAAAGACAUGUAAGUAUUUUUUUUUUCUUUUUAUAAACUCCUUUUGGCUUGGACGAAGCAUUGCAAACCAAAUGGAUAGGAGCAACUGCAGUUAUUUGAGAGACUGAACAGGUAUUGGAUCAGAUGACUUCUGCCACUGCUCAUGCAAGUGUGAAAGGUGAUAAGUAUCUUCUUGUCUUAUCCCUGCAGGUGUCCACCUGAAUGUGUCAGGUUUUCAGAUGUGUUGUUAUACAGGAAAUGAGUGACUGUUCUCCAUUAAAGCACUAAACCUAUAGUGCAAUAAGCAUUUGUGUACCUUCUCCACUGUCCAUGGAGUUGCUCUUGACUCACCCCCACCUGACAAGAAGUACACAAGAGGUGUAAGACUGAUGCUUGCUUUUUAGGGGUCUGCCUAAAUGUUUACUUUCAAGCUGUGACCCAGAGCACUUUAGUUUGCUUCAUAAAAUAUUUUCAAGGUAUUUCAAAAGUCACUCCUUUCUGGCACAGUAUAAACAGUACCAGACUCUCCAGUGGAAAUCUGUCUAGCCAUUUUACUGCAGCAUAAAUCUCUGGUUCACAGUUACCCUGAGUUACUGGGCCUCUCUGAAUGGCUACUUAUACCUCUCUGGCUGUGUAGGAUUAAUGACACUGCUGUUUGGGAUGAGCUGAACUGGUCAAAGGGGUAUUUAUUGCCACCAAAAACAGGCAAUUGUAACUCCCUGUCCUAAAUGUGGGGCUUUUUUUCUUUUUUUGUUUUUUUUGGGGGGUUUUUUUUUGGGUUUUUUUGUUUGUUUUGGUUUUUUGUUUUUUUGGUUUUUUUGGUUUUUUUUUUUUGUCUUGAGAGGAGAAGAUGAUGACCAGAACCUUGAUGCAGGGGAAUAUGGAAUCCUUGACUGUUAGCUGCAGACUUGCAGUAGAGCCUUUACAGACAUCUUCCAAAAUGCCACAUUUUCUCUGUAGUCCCUGGGGUUGUCAGUAGGGCAGUUGGUGUCCAGAGCUGUAGUAGUGACAAUGGAUGUUCAUUUGGGGGAGGAUGGAAGUGGCUCUCUGGUGGAAUGAGGAUUAGCUUUAACAAAAAAUAAAUCAGCUGAAGGUCACUGACCCACUGAAGCCUUAAUAUUCAUGCAGGGACAUUGACAUGUGGUGCUGUGCAGCCAAAUGCUUCUGCCAGGGUGUCAGGGAGAGGCAUCAUCAGAGCUCUGGAUGUGCCAGCAUCAUUUACAGACUCAUUCAGGAAUUGGUUUUUUUUGGGGACUACAUUUCUGGGGCACAGCUGAUUAGAGAACUAUUAGCCACUAGGUUAUUUUAUUCUUCAAGCUGAGAAGGAUGAUUUCCUCUGGAAUCUUGAACCACUUCCUCACUCCUGAGCAGGAAUUGUGGAGUUCUUGGUGAGCUUGUCUGUACCAAGACUUGCUGUUUUAGGAGCAGCAUCACUUUCCCCCAUUGCCACUUCUUUUCCCAGGUGUUGGUUCUAUGCACCAUGGAGAUGGUAGAAAUAAAUCUGUCUGCUUUGAUGCCUGGAACAGCUUUCUCUUCAGAUAAAGCACAAGAAGAAGAACAUUUGUCUCUGGCUACAGAAUCCUCUUCUGUUUUUCUCCUCAGCUGUAACUUCACAGUAAUCACAGCAGUGAUAGUUUGACUUUUCUGUCAUUGCCUUGCAGUGAGACAGUUUUAGUGGGACAAGAUCCUGUAUCACUGGAAAGGCUGUUUGGUGACCUAUGAGCCUUUCAGGCCUUCUGUAGGAAGAAAUCUGCAUAUUUAGCUGAAGUGUGAGAAACUGGACCAUAAAUAAACACAGGCAGUCCCAGCUCAUCAUAUGCUUAAAUGCAAUACCUGAAAAACUCAUCCUCUUCCUCUGCAGUUACUCUGUCCCUGUGAAAAGCGUCACUCCCUGCAUCCAAAGGGCUGCUCAAACAGGCUGUAAAGUUUGUUCAGAGAAGCCUGCUGAAGACUUGCAGUGUGUUGGCACUGAGGUAUGUAAGGGAUAAGGAUGUGCUGUCAGGAACAAAGUGCAUCUGGACGAUGCUAUUCUGGAAUUCCUUUUGUGAAUGAGAUGUGAAAUUGUCAUGGGUGUGGCAUUUCACCUAGAACCACGAGGGCUGUGCUGUGAUCCCAGGGAGUGCUGAGCUGGUUCCAAACAGCUGCCUAUUCCAUACCUCAGCAUCAGUGAAGCUGACAAUUUGGCAAGUGCUGUUACCUUCGUCUCUUUUUCUCUCUUUUUUUUAUGUGUGCUUUUUUUGCUAAAGUUGCAUAUGGUGUAGGUUUGUCUGCCAAGUCCCUGGCUCACCAGUCAAAGGCCAAAAAAAUGGGUCAUUUCUUUUUGUCUUGGCAUGAAAAGCCACAGCAGUAUUCUGGAAGUAAUUUUUUUACAAGAGCUUUUUCCAAGUUCAGCCCUGAGCUUCAGCAGUCAGCUCUACAACCCAGUUCAGCUGGUGCUUUACACAGGAUGCCAAGCAGCAGGAAAUGGUCAGACCUGAGCACUAGGAAGAAAAAAACCAGUCAUGGACGAGUCAAAAACUGAAGGAUUCUUAUUGUGGCCAUUUCCAGAACGAAUUUUCUCUGGUACAAUUCCUUGGAUCAGGACAAAAAGUCUGUCUUGAUAGAUAUAAUGGAUGGGACAGCAGCUGGGAUGGUGGAGGGUGGAGGGGGAUGGGUGCAGUUGUGCUUUUCUCCAGCACAGCGAGUGCUGCACUGCAAAGCAUCAAAGACAGGACUGCUCCCUCCCCUCCUUCCCAGGCAAACCCACAGCGGCAUGACUGGCAUGGCAUGACUCCAGGGCUAGUGGAGUGCAGCAGCUUGGAGCUUCCCAGGCAGGAGAAUCAGUGCUUGCCUUUCACAUGCUGAUGGAUGCUGAUCUGGUAGCAAGCUCUGCCUCUCACAGGGGGGGAGUCGAGAGGAGCUGUUGUGGAUUACAGAUCGUUUAGGGAGAUGCAGCUUUGCUUCCCUGUCGCUGCUUUUACUGAAGUGAGGAGCUGAAGCAAUCACCAACAGUACCCCGCAGCAGAGUGCCAGGAGUCCUGGAACAGCAGGUCUGGUGCAGUGGGAAUAAAUGGUUUGAAUGCUUUCCCAUAUGCUGCUGCAGUGGAGCACUUGGUCCCCUCUGCAGACAAAAAUGAGAUUGGUUCAGUCUUCACUUGUAAUGCAGGUUAUGCCCCAGUAAAUCCCUGUGGAUGCUGACAUGUACAUGCCACUGCUGCACUCCUCCUUCCUGCUGGAGCUGCUCAGCAGGCUGUCUUCCAGAGGAAGCCUCCUUGCAGUGCAACUGCCAGACUCUUGCAUUCUUCGGGCUGGAAAAUGUUUUCCUUGAUGGUUCAUCAAGAGACAUACUAAAAGAAAGCAAGACAUAAUGGGGUCAUCUGGAACAGUGCUGCUGCGUGCUCUGAGUGGAGCAGUUUGAGUUGAAGAAGCCACAUGCUGUCCUAUUAAGAUGCUCUUUCAUGUUGUCGUCUAACUCGGAGUGUUGUGAUGUGUGCAGGGCAUUGUUCAGUGUUUCCCUCCAGCUGAGUGCCCUGUUCCUCGAUUUCCAUGCUGGCAUACCCUGGGAGAGCAUGUUGUAAAAAUUUGCUGCAUUGCAGCAUUUUGUCUGGAGCUCGUAGUGUGGAAGAUGUAUUUUUUCUAAGCUAAGUGGACUCUCUAGCAUGAGUGUGCAUCCACCAUGUAUCCUUGAGCACUGUAACAUUCCUUCUGGCCAUUAAAGGGCAUGCCCUGAUCACUCCAGUGUGCACAUCUGGUGCAAGUCCUGUAGAAGAUUUUUAGUGUUAAGUCUUUUUUCCUUAUUGUGUGUUCCUCUUAGAGAAAAGCAGUUGAGCCGCUGACAAUCAAAUUGAUGAGAAUGGGAGGAGAUUUUGUUGUUUAUUUGAAAACUGCCCAAUUUGAAGCAAAUACUGGGUAUUGUAGGCUCUAUUGAGCUCUGUGGACUGGAGUUCCCUAGCUAUUAAGGAGAGGGAAGGAAAUCUUUCUUCCUUUAGCCUACUUGGUUUGUCUCCUUCAAUUUGACCUGUCAUGCUAGCUAACAGAUUGCUGUCAUUUUAAAGAUGUUUUAUAGCUCCUGUGUUAUGAUCUCUACUUCACUCAUAGAGCACGUCCCCAUUUUUCACCUGUGUACAAAGAGUGAGGAGCUGUGGUCUGCAGGAGUGGGAGGUGCAGUGAGGUUUGAGUAUAGUGGGACCCACACUGAAACUGUGACCUUGUGUGUAGCAUCAGUAGCCUCAAUGUUUCAUCAAAGCUGAGGUGAUGCUGCCCAGAGACACUUGACCAAUGUUUCUUAGUGUUCCCUGGGGUUGAUUUGCUGUAAAACAUUGUUCUAAAUUGAAUUAAUUUGCCUCCUUUUUUGUAGCUGCUGGAUAUAACACUUUUGGACUGAUUAAUCACUUUUCCUUAGAAAUAUUGGAAAGCUAUUCAUUUUCCCUUUGUAGUGUCUUGCCUGGAUAUAGCAGUGAUCCAGUGAGAACUGCACGUGAUCUGUGCUCCCAAGUGACUGGAACGGGAUGUAGAAAAAUACCAAUACUCAUGUGUUGAGUGGUGUAGGAAGAAAGUGGCUGAGAAAAGCUCCUUAUGGGCUGUCUGGCUCAAGAACCCAUUUAUGUUUGGACUGCAGAAAUCCUCUAGAAAGGACAAUUCUUAAUACAUAUUUCCCUGUGGGAUUUCACUCAGUGUUCUGCUCUCUGUGUACUGAAGUAGAGUCCAACCUCCACAUUGUCAGAAGCACUUCAUCCUGCAGCCAGUGGAGCUGGUACCUGCUCUGUUAAAACAGAGUAUGGGUCUAAAUAGCUUCCCUUGCCCUUUAGGAACUAUUAAUAAUUAAUUCUAGAUCCUCUUGUGUCAUUAAGCAGCUUUAGGGCACCUUGUACAAUGUAGCUUUGAAUUCAUUUAGUAAAUGAGCUCCAGAAGAACUAAAAAAUACUUCUGUGUACAGCAAGGUCCAGUUCCUGGGGUUUUGGUGACCUGUAAAUAUCCUAUUCCUCAGUUCCUGUUCAGCUGUAAAAAUGGAUUUUUUUUCAGUAUUUUUUUAAACUUCAUUAAAAGAACAGUAAACAGUAUUUGAAGAGAAGCAAGGUAGAGACAAGUCAGGACAGUCUGUGUAACUUGGUUUCCCUGCUGUGAUGCAAAUGUGUAAAAUAAAGAUUGACCAGAAAGAA